ACAUCAGAUCUUGACGCGCUGAAAGAGCGAAUUAUGGAGAAGACAGGAGUGACUGCCUUGUCUCUUCGAAGGCCUCACCCAUAUAAAAAAAGUAGAGUAGCUGUUUGCGCACGAGGAACAACGAACAGUCUACGCUUACUACGAAAGCUCCUGAUUGUUACACCGCCGCAGGCUAUAGUUGAUCAUGCCGCGCAAAUCUCGGAACGUUUGCCCAUUUUACUUCACAAGAAAAUUGUGAAUUAA